ACAACGAUUCCUGGCUGGAAUAUUUCGUACGACUUAAAAAUUAAAGUCUACAUGACCGCCUACAAUUUCAUACGCCGUUUAAAAAUUAAAAUGAUUGGCUUAAAGGACUCUCAUCCAGGCCGUAAUUGUUAAAAAAAAACUUUUACCGCUGCUUUUAUGAAACGAAACGUCAAAAAGUUUAAUUUAAAGAAUAGAAAUACAAAUUACAAAAUGGGGAUGAAGAAUACAGAAUUUGAGACUUUUGAACAGCAGUUCCUGGAACUUGUUGCUGAAUUCGAAUCUAUUAGCGUAUCAGAAAAGCACUUGCGCGAAAUAGUCCAAACUGAGUCCACACGGGCGGAGGCGGCGGAAGCAGCGCGCGACGCCGCCGAGCGCGCAGCGGCCGAGGCACGGCACGGCGCCGCCGCUGCCACCGCAGGCGCCUCCCACGCCGCUGCCGCGCUUGCCAAGGCGCAAGAGGAGCUAACUAAUGUUAAAACGCAAAUGGACAUACAAGAUCGUCAGCGCGCUCUCUUCGAGGAACGUUGCGCCGAGCUGUCCCGUCAGCUGAGCAGUUUGGAGCGAGAAGUGCAGCAGCUGCGGCCGCUGCAGGCCGCGCACGGCGCGCUGCAGCGCCAGUACACGGAGCUGCAGGACAGAGUGCGCCUCGCCACCGACGACGCUCGGAGCGAGGCGUCUCGGCUUGAGAGCGAGCUCCGACGAGUAGAGCGGGGCGCAAGCGGCGGCGCGGAAAUUCGCGAGCGUGCGCGCCUCGCCGCCGCCGCGCAUGCACGGGAGCGGCGGCGAGCUGCCGCCGAGCUGCACCACACCCUCACUGAGCUGAGGAGAACUAACACUGAAAUUACUCGUCUCAACACACUAGUAGCAGAGCUCCAAGCCCGAUUAUCUGCGACCAAUGUAACUGAGUACACUAAAGCGGCAGUGGACCCCGACAAGGAAGCUCUAAGUGUAGCCAAGGCUGCGUUAGAAGCAGAACGCGCGGGCUCGGCGAGGCUGGAGCGCGCGCUGGCCGCGGCCCUGGCGGACAACGCGGCGCUCGCCGCCAGCCUGCAUGCCAGGGACAACACGCACGGUAGUCUCGAUCGACAACCGCCUGAUUCCCUGCCGAAGGACGAGGACACUAAAAUAUCGCCAAUUGAUUCUUUCCUGGCAGAUUAAUGAAUUUAAUGAUGCAAUACUUAAUAAGUUUCAUAAACUGAUUGUUAUAGUUAAUGUGAUGGUAGUAAAUAAAUGUUUUUUUUUGUAUAAUUUAAUUUAAUUAAAUCUUGUUGACUAAAUUUCUGUUUUAUAUAGGAAUGAUCCAACCCACAAACAUUACUGAAGGAAAUAUUUAUUUUGGCCAAUGUCCAAGCUUACGCAAAGUUUUUCCAACGAAAUGUUAUAUCUAUAGUAGGUAGUUAUACUUUCGACGCCGACUGUACUUAACACAAAAUGUAAGUAAGACAAUCUUUUUAGAAAACCUAAUCUUCUAAAAAAGUCGUUCUAAAUUCUAAUUAAAUAUGCACCAUGCGAGAAUAAGGUUUUCCUCUCAUUUAUUGAAUGCGCAAUUGCGUAGUUAAUGAAUGGAUCGAAAGUAAGUACUUAGUAUCUUUCAGCC